AACACAUUUUAUUUUCACUGUUGGUAAUAAUACAGUUUUAAAAAUACGAUUUUCGAUUCGAGUCUAAAAUCCCAUCGAUAGUUACUUAGUGGGUGAAAUAAAUCGAUAGAAACUCAUCCAAAACCACUCUAAUGGUGGAUUUUUUGUGUCAGCGUGUUGUGCUUCACUUCGUAAUCCACGCCAUGAUUCUUUCUCAUUCGUAAGUUACGAGGUUAUGAAAUCUUACAUUCAUAGCAACUCUAAAGCACGUUCCAAAUUUAAAUCCAAAUUUAUUUUUGCGGAGAUAAAAAAUACGAAAUAAAUAACGGUUUUAAACAUUAAAGUAUAAAAUGAAGUGGAUGGUCCGUUAUUUUACACCACCAAUUUUACUUGGUUUAUCUUUAACAAGCGUUAGUAUUGCUGUACUAUAUGUAUUGUACAGAAAGGACGAAGAAGAUAUUAAAUCCAGAAAAAGUCAAGUUGAGAUUUCAAAACGAUAUACAAUAGAAUGUAAAGUACCCAGACAAUCUGUACCUGCUGUUAUUGGAAGGGGUGGUUCAAUGAUAAAAGAUAUACAAAAUAAAACAGGAACUCAGAUUCACUUUAAAGAGGAUAACAUUGAAUGUCCAGAACGUGUUUGCAUCAUAAAAGGAAGCUAUGAAUCUGUAUAUCUAGCUGAAAAAAUGAUAAAGUCCAUAAUUCAGAAUCAGCCUAUAAUUGAAUCAUAUGUAUUGUCUGUUCCUCAAAAAGCAUGUGGGAAAAUAAUAGGAAGAGGUGGUGAUGUUAUACAUCAUAUCCAAACAGUCUCUGGUGCGAAAAUCACUAUUGAAAAUGUCUUUCUUCCUUCUGAGCCAAAUGCUGAAAGAAAAGUUAAUAUAAAAGGAACAUCUAAACAAAUUAAUACAGCUUUAGAAUUAAUUCAAAAUAAAAUUUAUGAAGAAGAAGAAGAACGCACACAGUUAGAGGCUUCUUCUGCUGCAAGACUGCCUAGAGGAAGAUCAUCUCCUCGUAAUACUAUAAAUACGUCUGAACCGAAUCUGGGUCAAAAUGCUGAAUCUUUAAUGUUACCAGUAUCUGGAGGUUUGAUAGAAGUAUAUGUGUCUGCAGUGGAAACUCCCAGUCAGUUUUGGGUUCAAAUCGUUGGUCCUGGAAUUAAUGCACUAGAUAAAUUAGUGUCUGACAUGAAUGAUUACUACAGUAAAAGAGAAAAUUAUGAAAUGCAUAAAUUGAAAAGUGUAAAAAUUGGCCAAAUGGUAGCAGCAAAAUUCGGUUUUAAUAAGCAAUGGUACAGAGCUGAAGUUAUUUCCCUACCUACAAAUGAUCAAUGUGAAGUCUUUUACUUGGAUUAUGGAGAUCAUGAAAUAAUCGACCGCAUUUCUAUAUUGGAACUUCGAACCGAUUUUCUCAGCUUAAGGUUGCAAGCGGUCGAGUGUUCAAUGGCCAAUAUUAAACCACCGGGAGGUGAAUGGUCCAACGACGAAUGUGACUUUUUCGCGGAGAUCACGUUUUUAGCUGAAUGGAAAGUUCUUCACGCCAAAGUUAAGGGUUUCAAAGAGAGAAUCUUCGGCUAUGGAAGAUCUCAUCGCGAAGGUUCACCGAUUCCUUCCGUCGAGCUUUACAAUAAACUUGAUAACGAGGAAAUUAACAUUGGUUACGAGAUGAUAAGGGAAGGUUACGCCGAGCAUGAAGAUACUAUACUAUCGGAUACUUCUUCGACGUCGUCGCUAUUCUCACGUGGGGGUCCUUCGACUCCUCCGUCGACGAAGCGAACUUUGAGUCCUGAUUCGUCGGUAAACACUUCACGUAAAUUGGAGUCAGCCAUCGACUUGUCAAAUGCAUCGACCAUAAAAAUCGGGACGCCUACUGAUAUAUCUGACAUAUUGAAAUCUGAAGUUAAAGAAAUUCACCUAUUUACGCCGCAAAAACCACACGAUGAGGACGGGGAAAUCGAUCUGGUGACAUCGAAGAAGGACGAGAUGAAUCGCUUCAUCGAAAACGAGAAGGAAGUUCAACAGAACGACGACCGUAGUGUUCGCCCUCUAAACGGCACUUUCAUUCCGUAUGAGUCGGUUUCCGAAAAACGGGAACGUCCAUGGCAAAUCUCGAAAUUCUCGCUAAUCGCUCCGGCUGGCUUCGAGAGUGAUUUGUCAGAAGACUCGGACGCGAUGGAGCUGGGGUAAAUCGAAAGAACCGGCCGCACAUUUCUUCCUUUUUUCUAUCGAGAUACGCUUUCAUUUAUUUCAUAUAAUCUUAUAGAAGUUAGAAAUGCUGCGAUUCGAACAAUCGCAACGAAUCCUCGAUAGAAAAAAGAAAAUAAGAAUAGAGUAGAAUACGUAGCAAUGAUUUAAACUCUUUAUCCAUGCCCGUGCGCUUUCUUUCUUUUUCAAAUUUCAUUCUUUUGGCAAUGCCUUUUAUAGAGUAUGAAUUUCGGCAAGAUAUGCUUUUUAUCUUGUUGCGAUAUAUUUUUCAAAUACUUCAGCGACUUUAAUAGAGAAUACUACUGAACUAAGUUAUCAAGUAGAGUAUAAAAAAGAGUUUUACUUGUAUGUAUUCAGUGCGACAGAAUUGAGUUGAAAACGAAACCUGGCAAUUGAUUGUAAAUUAGUUGGAAGACCGGGCUUUUUUCAAAAUGUAAUUAUAGAUUUCGUUGCUUUUAAUUUUUCCUUUUCCUUCGUUUUCUAAUUUCUUUUUUAUUCUCUAAUUUUUCUAGUUUCUAAAAUUUGUAAACUUACUUGUUCAGUUAUUUACUCAUUCGCUCAUUUACUUGCUUAUUUACAUACUUGCUUGCCUGGUUACUUACUUUAAACUACCUUUUCCGCUAAGCUGAUCAUUUGCAAACGAUUAAAAGUACAAAGUGUUGUUUAUCAGAUUAUUUAAUUUGCAAAUGAUUCUCUCUAUUUUAAUGGAAGCAUUUUAAAUUUAUCUUAUUUGUUACCUGAACUGGAUAAUUUUUUCUAUAUUUUAUGUUGAUAUAUAUCUUUACACAUUAAUUAUUAUCUUGUAAUCAAAAGUAUAAAUACUUCCAUAUAUUUUAGAGAGGAAGGUACAUGAUAAAAGAAGAAUCGUAAGGGCCUGAAAGCUACAGAAAUUAGACACAUUUUAGAGAUAAUUGUUACUCUCAUUACGAAAUAAACUUGAAGAAAGCCGUUCCUUACUCUUCUUCCGAGUAGUCAGUUGUGCUUGGUCGUUCUCUUCAGAUUGUGCAUUGUUUCCUUCGGGAUACGUACGCUGUUUGAAGUAUGCUCAAGAUUAACAAACCGCGUGCCUUAAACUUUUGCUUUAUACAUAAUUACCACCAUUGAAAUAUGAACAUAGCAUGUAACAUAGUUGCAAUAGUUGCAAGUAUUAGGUGUACAAAGAUCGAAGAAAACUACAUAGGUCGUCCUAUUUUUGUAACAUGACCAACUGAUUAGUUAAGUUCGUUUUUGUAUAUUGGUGGGAAAUAAAUAGAUCAAUGCGUAACGAUCAUCGGAGCGUUAAUUACGUUUCCGCGUCGCGACGUUCUCUCGGCGUUCGAUCGAAUGA